AUGGAUUCGCAGCCAGUAUCGCCCGUCAAGUCAAAGAGUGACCUUACGGUCGCUGCCAUGGCCUUUGGCUUCACCAUCGGCUUUGGUUUUUUGACGACAUGGGAGGCCAUCAAACAGACUCGACGGAAUCGAAACCCUCUUCGAAGUUCCUACAUCUACAUGAUAUGGGGCGAGAUCGUCGCCAACAUAGGGAUGAUGGUCUCUGGUUGGCUUUGGAUUGAUCAAGUUGUUCCCUCAGACGUUCCGAUUUUGUUCCUCGUACUCUUCUUUUGGGUGUUCCAAGUCCAGCUGCUGAUGCAGAUCAUCGUCAACCGAAUCGCCAUCAUCGCCGAACAUAGGAAAACAAUUGCGAUCAUGAAAUGGACCACUGCUGGGAUCAUGACUUGUGUGAAUAUUGCUGUGUUUUGCAUUUUCAUCCCCGCCCAUCGAGACCCCCCUGUGAGCCAGCUAUUUGUCGACAUCAACAACUACUGGGAUCGCGCAUCCAAGUUCAUUAUCAUGGCUCUUGACGGUUUUUUGAACUGGUACUUUCUCCGCACCGUGGAGCAACGUCUUGUGAAGCAACAUAACUUGAAGAAGUAUAAACCUUUGGUUUCUUUUAACGCCCGACUGAUGGCUCUAUCUAUCGCCAUGGACGCCAUGCUCAUUGGCCUGAUGUGGCUAGAAAACAAAGCGGUCUUUAUCCAAUUCCAUCCUGUUACAUAUAUGGUCAAACUCAACAUCGAAAUGUCCAUGGCCAAGCUCAUCACGCGACUUGCCAGCAAUGGUGGUUCGGACGAAUUCUAUCCCGAGCACAAUUCCAGCUCAAACCCUACUGGAGGAUAUAACGGGAACCAGAGUCACGCCGAGCGACAGAGCACAUGGAAUCAAGGCAACUCAGUGGCGUUGGCGCAGAUAUCAAAAAUCGUGGCUGGUAACUCGGACGAGGAUCUGCCUCGAAAUGGUGGUGGAAUUGGAAUCCAUAGGCGAACUGAGAUUGAGGUCAAGGUGGAACAAGAUACAAAGGCGGGUUACACAUCCAAGAACGGUCACCAUUCUGACGACGAGUUCCCAUUGACCUCGGACACUGGACAUCCAAAGGAUGUACCGAUCGUACUGGUCAAACGAGCGGACUCCUCGACGAGCAGAGAAUCUUGA